GUUUUCUAAGGCGACAUCUAACUUACCUGGAGACUGACCAGUGGCCACAGAACGGUGACGGCAAAAUGAAAACCUCAAUUUCCUCUUUGCCCACUGAAGUGGUAGAGAUCAUUCUCGUUAUUGCUGCGGUAGACGGUUUCCCUUCGGCGAUAGGAGCGCUGUCGCAAACUUGCCGCGCUUUCCAUACCCUGACCUACGAUGCGGCCGACCACCACCUCUGGCGAACGAUCUUUCUCAGCACGUUCGAUGACCCGCGACGGCUCAAAUACUAUGUCUCAGGUAACUUCGACUGGUGUGACGAGUUCAAAGAACGGACAUGGGCGGCAUCCUUCCUUAAGCGGCACGUCCGACCGCUUCGUGUACAGAAGAUCUACACGCUCCGUACGCGGACCACCGCCACUUCUCUCGUGGACCUCACGCCCACAUACGAGGUGGACAGCAGCGUACGAAUGCUGAACGCGUUGCUGUCCGUUAUCAAGACCACCGCGCCCAAUGAGCAUGGCCCCGGCCAGGGUGAGGAGAGCAAGGCUGUCGAAGGGGAAGUGAUGAUCCACAAGCGGUCCCUGUCCUACGCCCACCAUGCCGCCCCCGAUUUCCCGGAGCGCCCGCGAGGCUACUCCAAAUGCCUGAACGUCCCUUGGCUGCGCGCUGUCUUGGAGCAUGGCCUCCCUGCGUCGCUCAUUACCAAAAUCUCAAGUGACACGCGAGACUUGCGUUGGGACAAGACUCCCGAAGCACUGGCUCUGGGCGAGCUCAUCGCUUGCACGGGCUUCAUACCCGUACGGAACCUCAUCGAAGAGCGGACUGGCCGCCUUGCGUCAUCUUCAUCGGGAAGUUAUCGUCCGGAACCACGGUCACCCUCGAUGUCGGAUAUGGACAUGUCCGCCGAGUCACAGAGGCUGCGGGCCCGUUAUUGUGCCCGGGAGCUCGUAUACAGGAUGGCUUAUCUUAGUCGGCGACGACAUUGGGGCCCGUACCUCCCAGUCGCGCCGUCUGCCGAAGACGAGCCCAUCUUGCGCGAUUCCAGCCAUGCGCCCGCUGCGACUGAUGCGCCUCGUGUGCUCCACUUUUCCCCAGACGAUGAGGAUACCAUCGCAUCCCCAGACUACGUCGACGCAUCCGACGAUGAAGUUGAGGAGCCCCCACUCGUGGACCUUGUCCAGUCGCGAAAACGGAAGCGCGUCGUACCAACCCCAGAGCAGCUCAGGCCAGACUGGUCCUGGCUCGCAGCAGCGCGGAUUCUAGUCGAAGACAACUUCAGUGACGUAGAAGAGUACAAGAUAGCCGAUCUCGUCGAUUGGAAUUUCUGGAGAGAGACUUGGGCCAACCAUGCGGAUGACGAGGAGCCUCGUAUACUCGACGAAGAGCUUCCGGUGAUAGGAACAAACGGGAUGAUAGGCAAGUCACCGGGGCUUGGACCGCAAUGCCGAGACUGGGCUGGUGCACAGGGCGUGUGGAGGCGAGCUGUUCUCUGGCUCGAUUACGCUGAUCUGAUGCAUCACAACCACUUUGGUGGAUUCAGCGAUCCCGGACUAUAUGAGUGCAAGAUUGUUGUUCCGCUCCGACUCCGCAUCGUAGGCUACGACGCCCCCUCUGUCGCUGCGUAUCCAGACCGGCCCACCAUUCUAGUCGAAGGCGAAAUGGGCGGCCAAAGCUUCGAAGGAUAUGAGGAUGGCACUGCAGACGACAUCCGAAGAGUGCACGGCGCAGUCAGCAUGCUAUCUACCGGCCAUGUGCGAUGGAAUCUUACAAGCUCUGAGGAGGAUGACCCAGACAAGGACUUGUGGGCUUCAGAAGGCAUACAGGUCGGUGCCGUCGGCUCCGACGCAGGCAUCCUCGGUAUGUGGACAGGCGUGCGUCAUGAACAAACCGACCCCCUCGGCGCGUUUUGGCAGUGGAGGGUCGUUUGAAAUAAAACAAGGGAGUGUGCCGCGCCAAUUUGUCACGGCACGCAAGGUUCCUUCAGAAGAUCAUAUGCUGCUAUUGUAUUAAACUCGAGCUUGACUCAGCAUGCCGCCGAAGAAGUCAAAGAACCCACGGACGGUAACUUUGUAUGAUUGGAAACGAUGUGUUUGGAUGGUCUGGUCUCAAUGAUAGAGUUCUACGAGUAAGCUUCUCUUGGUCAAUGAAUGCCCUGUUAUAUUUAGUCCA